GGCCGCCCGCGCCGCGCCUUAAGGCCGGGCCGGGACCGGCGGGGAGCGAGCGGGAGCGCGGGGCGGCGGCGUCUCCUGCUCGGCCGUGCCGGUACCGUGCCGCCGGAGCUGCAACCCUCGUAGCAGAGAUUCAAGUGGGAAACAGAGGGGGAAUCCAGAGACAAACCAGCGGGGGAAUUAGGAACUGUGACGCCGUGUCCUCUCUCCUGUGCCGAAGGAAGCAAAGGAAAAGAGAGGUAGAGGAAAAAAGACUGAGCCUUGCAACCAACCGUCACCCUGACGAUGUGUCAGUCAAACACCCUGCAGGGACCAGAUCUGCACACAGGGAAAUGGCUGCGUUCAGGGAACGGUGGCAGCAGCAGCUGUGCCGGGGACCAGCACCCACAAUUGGAGAGCCCAGGCCCGGCUGGCUCUGCCGGUGGUACACCAAAUAGGAGAACUCGUUUCAGGUUGCAAUUUCCCCAGCUGGCCCUGAGGCGAAGGUUGGGCCAGCUAAGCUGUAUGUCUAGGCCUGCUCUGAAACUCCGUUCUUGGCCUCUGACUAUUCUCUAUUAUCUUCUGCCUUUCGGUGCUCUUAAACCGUUGACCAGAGUGGGAUGGAGGCCUAUGAGCAGGGUUGCUCUGUACAAAUCCGUACCAACUCGACUGCUCUCACGAGCAUGGGGUCGCCUGAACCAGGUGGAGCUGCCUACAUGGCUCCGGAAGCCGGUUUACAGCCUGUACAUCUGGACAUUUGGAGUGAACAUGAAGGAGGCAGCUGUUGAAGAUCUACAUCACUAUAGAAACCUCAGUGAAUUCUUCCGCAGGAAGCUGAAACCACAGGCGCGGCCAGUCUGCUGUUUGCACAGCGUGAUUAGUCCCUCUGAUGGAAAGAUCCUGAAUUUUGGCCAGGUAAAAAACUGUGAAGUGGAGCAAGUAAAAGGGGUCACCUAUUCUCUGGAAUCCUUCUUGGGACCUCGCAUCUCCACAGAGGAACUGCAUUUUAGCCAGGCCCCACCUGGUAACUCCUUUCAGCAACAACUAGUCACAAAGGAGGGGAACGAGCUCUAUCAUUGUGUGAUCUACCUUGCACCAGGGGAUUAUCACUGCUUCCACUCACCCACUGACUGGAGAGUGUCGCACCGACGUCACUUCCCAGGCUCUCUGAUGUCUGUGAAUCCUGGAGUUGCUCGGUGGAUCAAGGAACUGUUCUGCCACAAUGAACGGGUCGUCCUUACAGGUGACUGGAAACACGGCUUUUUCUCUUUAACUGCUGUAGGAGCAACAAACGUGGGCUCUAUCCGCAUCUACUUCGACCAGGACUUGCAUACCAACAGCCCCUGUUACUCUAAAGGUUCCUACAAUGACUUCAGCUUCAUAUCCAACAACAACAAGGAGGGAAUCCCCAUGAGGAAAGGGGAACACUUAGGGGAAUUUAACUUAGGCUCUACGAUUGUACUGAUCUUCGAGGCACCCAAGGACUUCAAAUUCCACCUCAAAGCGGGACAGAAAAUCCGCUUCGGAGAAGCACUGGGCUCUCUAUAGAAACUCAGCAAGAAGGUUUUCUACACAAAGGGACUCUUGUCACACCACUGAGUGUUUCACUUAACAAGGAUCAUCACUCAGCAGGACCUGGGUGAGGAAAACAGAUGAUGUCAUUGCUAUGUUAAACUAUAUUUACAUGCUGCUGAAGGCAGAAAGAGAAUGGAAUGACCAUGUAUGUAUCAGGUACAGCUGCCUUUAAAGAUGUUGCCCAUGGAGGUUUCUGUCCCACCCUGUGCCUGUAGUCUUUCAUGUUCUCCCCCCUCAACGUGCCACAGGAUAAUUAUGUUCUUAGAGCCUGUAAGUCCAUGUUAAGCCUUCCUGGUCUGUGCAGGUGCAAUGGGGAAGGGUGGAGGUAGAGAUUACCUGUAUCUAAAGGGACAUUGACAGGCUGAGUCAGACCUUGUACCUUAGAGCCGCAACAUCUUUUUUUCAGACCUUGAGUAAAGAAUGUGUUCUCAUAUUUAUUUUAUUCUAAGACACUGCUGACAUCCUUACGUGAAAGGCAGCCUGUGGAUGCAUAGAGCACCAAACAGUUAAAUCGGCGACUGUGGCUGCACAGUCCAAACUAAACAAAACGUACAACAGACAUCAGCACAACGAAUUACCCUCAUCCACAUUUUCUGCUGCUAGUCAACUUUAAUUCUUGUACCUGACAUCGUCCCUUUAAAAAUGCACUGUGUUUUAAACCUGAAAACACUAUGUCUACAUUCCGUGUGAUGAAAAAUCCCAAGAUGACUAGUUUCCUUAACAAAAAAAGAAAAAGCAGGUGAAACUGUGUGUCCUGUUCCUAAUCCAUGGUUUUAUUUUGCUGUUCCAGGCCUUAAAGACUUUAUUUGUGUGAGAGUUACUUCACCUCUUGGAUUAUGGGGUUAGAAGACAUAGGGGCUGUUUUUCUUGUGUGAUGCAAUGAGAUGGCAGUCAGAAUGUUCUUGCUAUAUAUCUUCAUUGUUGCUUUGUCACUAAAUUUUUGAAGAACUAAUUCCUCUACUUACAGAACAGUUUCAGAUACUUCAGGACCAAUUUUUAUUGCACAGUGAAAUGCCCUAUGCACUGACUGUGUAUGAAAAUAUUACAGAUCUUUGAAGCAAUCCUGCGUUGCCUCCCAGGUGCCAACCUGGCCAUCCUAUAAUGGACUGGCAACAAUUUCAUCUUAUCUAAAAUAUAAAAAGCCCCCACACCUGCUCUAAUUUCUGCCCUCAUACUUAAUGCCAGGAAUGUGCUGGGGGCUGAAGGGUCUAUGCUGAAGCUACAUCCUACAGCAAAACUUGAGCCUCUUUGUAACUUCAUGUCAAGAAGAGUUAAAAAUCUGACACCUUGGAGCUGCUGCAUGUGGCGUUACAUGGCACUGCCAGAAACUGGUGCCAAAGUGAAGAUGAAGAAUUGAGUUUUAAAUCAAAGUAUCGAUUGUUUUUUAAACUGUUUCCAGUCCAGGCACUCACACAUUGAGAACUGAUGUUGCUGUCCAGAGCUUGUUAGAGUGGACAUGCUUAUGAAACCUGCCUUUCUGCUCUCUGAAAGAUGUCUCAUAUUGCUUCCUUGCUUGAGCCUUGGGUGUGUUUUCUGCUACUUCAAGGAGAUGCUAGGCUUUGACCAGCUCUGAUUUCCUAAAGAAACACUUACCUUCUUUGUAUGCACUGCAGAAAAUAGAAUAUAAUUUUGUUGUACAAAUGUCCUGUAUGCUUAGCUUGUCAUCAGGAAAAACAGGAUGAUAAACUGCCUCUAAGUGAUGUAGCCCAGCCCUGACUCACAUGGUGGUGGCUGUUCAGGUGACAAGCAGGAGAAAAUUCAUUUGGCUCCGAGAGUCAAUGUUUCCUCACUUUACAGGGGGAGGAGUUUGAAAGCUUGAAGUGGCUCUCAGCCACCUAUCUUGUUAAACUUCUUGGCAUUAGCAACUUUACUCCUGCAGCAAUGUAUUACAGGUUACAGAAAUGUGCACUUUUUUAAACCAUCGAGUCUAAGGCAAACAUCAACUCCAAGUGGAUAAAGCUACAACUAGCCUGUUCCCUGAACUUCAGCAUCAUAUUAACAGUAGAGAACAAGUUUGUUCCAGUGGAUGGGAGAGCAGACACCUGAAUCUCUUGCCCCUUUUCCGCUGGGGCUAGGGCAGCCAGACACAGCCAAAGCAACUCUCAGCUUUAAUUUCUUCCUACUCAGCAUCAUCAUCCACAGUAUCUGAAGGUUACUGUAAGGAGGACAGGUUACCUGAUGUUUGCUUUAUUAGAAAUUGAAGGAAGAGGAGAGGAUUCGGCAUGCAAGUGGCUGUUGUUAUGAUGGUCUUAAUACUGUGCAGAGGUAGCAGAUUAACAAACAUUACUUGUUAUGCAGUGGUUGGCAACGCGCCCUGGAAGUGAGAGCAAAGUUCCUAGAGGGUACUGAUAAUGCUGUGAAUUUCUCCUGCAUGGAGAAUCCAUUUAAUUCUUCAACUGUAUCAGUAGCACGGUAUUUUUGUAUGUCAAAGUGUAUGACUUACUGACAUUAACUCAUUUAAUUGCAAACAUUUUGAAAUAAAGAAUCUUAUCAGUGUU